CAUAUAUAUAUAUAUAAUGUUGCAUACAGAGCCAUCUUUUUCUGUAUAUGCAGAUGGAGAGGGGUUAAUUGAUGUUGGAAAAAGGGAUACAAAAGGGAGUGGUGAGUUCAGUUUUGGAGAGAUAAUGGGAUUUGAGAAUUUGGGCAUUGUAGAAAAAGAAGAUGUUAAAGAGAAUUAUAUGAAGUUGGUUGAUGAAGAUCCUUCAAACCCUUUGUUCUUGAAGAAUUAUGCUCAUAUUUUGAAGUCGAAUGGGGAUCUUAAUGGAGCUGAGGAAUACUACUUCCGUGCUACACAGGCAGAUCCUAAAGAUGGUGAAAUCCUAAUGCAGUAUGCUAAAUUGAUAUGGGAGCUUCAUCAUGACCAAGAUAGAGCCUCAGGUUAUUUUGAGGCUGCUGUUCUUGCCGCUCCUCAAGACUGUGAUGUUCUUGCAGCAUAUGCACGCUUCCUCUGGGAAAUAGAUGACGACACAGAGAAUAAUGAGGCAGCUACACCCACUAAGGAAUCUUUGGCAGUAGAUGAAAAUUGCCGUGAGCCUUUGCUUCUUAGAAACCACGCCCAGUUUCUUCAAGAGACCAAGGGAGACUUUAAAGGAGCCGAGGAGUAUUACUCACGUGCAGUGCAAGCCGAUCCUGGGGACGGCCAAUUGGUUUCACAAUACGCUCAAUUGGUGUGGGAACUUUACCACGAUCAACACAAAGCCUCUGGUUACUUUGAACAAGCAGUAGAAGCUGCUCCAACCAAUAGUGAUGUUCUUGCUGCAUAUGCCAAGUUUCUUUGGGAAGCAGAUGAGGAAGCCAGUGACAAACAAGCAGAAAAGCUUUGACCAGCUAACUAAACAUAAGCCAAUCAAUAGCACACUAAGAUCGAAACUUGAGCAAUGUCAUGUCUGAUGUAAACUUACUGUAGUUUAUACUGUGUUUUCUUAUAUGUUUUCAAGUGUAAAACAGGAAUUACUAAACUUUUAGCUUAA